GGCGCAGCGUGUGAUGUUGGACAUGGGAGAUAGGAAGGAAGUGAAAAUGCUGCCCAAGUCCUCUUUCAGCAUCAACAGCCUGGUGCCCGAAGCCGUGCAGAGCGACAACCACAGCGGCCACAGCCACCACAACAGCCACCAUCCGCACCACCACCACCACCACCACCACCACCACCCGCCGCCGCCGCAACAGCCCCAGCGCGCUGCUGCGGCCGAAGACGAGGACGAGGAGAAGGCGCCGUUGCUGCUGCCGCCGCCCGCCGCCGGCGCCCUGGAGGCGGCCAAGGCCGAGGCGCUGGCGGGGAAGGGCGAGGCGGGCUCGGCGGCGGCGGAUCUGGAGGAGAAGGAGAAGGCGGCCGAGGAGAAGAAGGGGGCGGCCGAUGGGGGCAAGGACGGGGAGGGAGGCAAGGAGGGAGAGAAGAAGAAUGGCAAGUAUGAAAAGCCACCGUUCAGCUACAACGCACUCAUCAUGAUGGCUAUCCGGCAGAGCCCCGAGAAGCGCCUGACGCUCAACGGCAUCUACGAGUUCAUCAUGAAGAAUUUCCCAUACUACCGGGAGAACAAGCAGGGCUGGCAGAACUCCAUCCGCCACAACCUCUCUCUCAAUAAGUGCUUCGUUAAGGUGCCCCGCCACUACGACGACCCGGGCAAAGGGAACUACUGGAUGCUGGACCCGUCCAGCGACGACGUCUUCAUCGGAGGCACCACCGGCAAGCUGCGCCGGCGCUCCACCACUUCUCGGGCCAAGCUGGCCUUCAAGCGCGGCGCCCGCCUCACCUCCACCGGCCUCACCUUCAUGGAUCGGGCGGGGUCCCUCUACUGGCCCAUGUCCCCCUUUCUGUCCCUGCACCACCCGCGGGCCAGCAGCACGCUGAGCUACAACGGGACUGCGUCCGCCUACCCCAGCCACCCCAUGCCCUACAGCUCGGUGUUGACUCAGAACUCCUUGGGGAACAAUCACUCCUUUUCCACGUCCAACGGGUUGAGCGUCGAUAGACUCGUCAACGGGGAGAUCCCCUACGCCACUCACCACCUCACGGCCGCCGCCCUGGCCGCCUCGGUGCCGUGUGGCUUGUCGGUCCCCUGCUCCGGCACCUACUCCCUAAACCCCUGCUCCGUGAACCUCCUGGCGGGACAGACGAGUUACUUUUUCCCCCACGUCCCUCACCCCUCAAUGACUUCUCAGAGCAGCACUUCAAUGACGGCCAGGGCCGCCUCUUCGUCCACAUCGCCGCAGGCACCCUCCACCCUGCCGUGCGAGUCUCUAAGACCCUCUUUGCCGAGUUUCACGACGGGACUGUCCGGAGGACUCUCCGAUUAUUUCACACAUCAAAAUCAGGGGUCUUCUUCCAACCCUUUAAUACAUUAACGUCCAUGGGAUCAGACUGUAAGUGAACAUUUUACACACGUUCGCGUUGUAAAUGAUGAUUGAAAAGAGAAAAAAAGAAAAAAAAAGGAAAAAAAAAGAAAAACAAAAAAGCCCAGGUAUUUUUUAUUAAGUCCCCCAUUUUCUGUACGUUUGUUCAGUCUCUAGGGUUGUUUAUUAUGCCACCAGGGUGAGGAGUGUCAGCGAGGUGCAAUGUGGGGAGAUUACAUUGUAGACUAUGGAGUUUGGAAGACAAAUUUCUAGUAGAAUGUGUAUCUAAUAGUGACUGCUUUCGCGAUUCCUAUUCUAACACAAAAAGUCCAUCUCUAAAUCCGCCAGAUUCUCCAUGUUUGCAGUAUUAUAAGUUAUCGUGGAUAUGUCGGUGGGUGCAGACCUUGAAAAAAGCCACUAGAUUUGUGAAAACUAUAAAAAAGAAAGUGUAAUUUGUAUUUAAGCAGAUUCAUACUGAGAGAUGCCCAAAAACUACGUUUUGGCCAUUUAUAAUUUUAUCUUUUUCUUUACCUAACUAUUUUUUUUUUUGCUUUGGUUUUUUUUUGGGAUUUCUUCUACUCAUUCUUCUUCUUCUUCUUCUUCUUUUUUAAUUCUUUAUUAUUAUUAUUAUUAUUAUUUUCCUGUUUGUUUGUUUGUUUACUUUUAGACCAAAGAUUGGGUUUUAGAAAAUGCACUCAGUGUACGGAGUAAUUUAAAAACAGCCGCAUUGUUUCAGUUCGCAGCACUGCCCGUUCCAAUGAUUCCGAAGGGGACAAAAUUACUGAUUGCCUUCAGUUUGUGUUGUGUAUAUUUUGAUGUAUGUGGUCACUAACAGGUCACCUUUAUUUUUUUUUUUUCUAAAUGUAGUGAAAUGUUAAUACCUAUUGUACUUAUAGGUAAACCUUGCAAAUAUGUAACCUGUGUUGCGCAAAUGCCGCAUAAAUUUGAGUGAUUGUUAAUGUUGUCUUAAAAUUUCUUGAUUGUGAUACUGUGGUCAUAUGCCCGUGUUUGUCACUUACAAAAAUGUUUACUAUGAACACACAGAAAUAAAAAAAAAAAUAGGCUAAAUUCAUAUAUACUUGAUAGUUUUUUUGUCUCUUUUAUUAACUAAAAUUAAAAUUCCUGAGGCUUUAAAGUUACAGGGAGGUCAGCACGCUGCCUAGCCCAGCGGCCCUCCAUUUUUCACAAGCUCCUUCUCCAACCCCCACAUCACCUCGUGUUUAACCACAAUGUUUGGGGACAGAAAGGAGCGGGUUUUAGCAAUACCCCACGGCCCCACGCGAGGUGUAGGGCCUGAGCAUGGCAGUGCAAGGCGGGGGUCGUGCUGAGCGGUCUGACACUGAGCGCGCUUAACACUGCGAAUGUAUGUAGAUAUGUACAUAUAUAUUCAUACAUAUAUAUGUAAUGCGCUAGGAAAAAGUACAGGUACACGGUUUAUUUCUUAAGGACAUGGUUGGUUUUUUGUUUGGUUGGUUUUUUUUUUGUU